GCUUCUCUCGGCGGAUGACGGGCGCGCGGAUCCGGAGAGGGGGCUCCGCGAGCGGCGGGACCACGCAGCCACCUGUGAGCCUUCCGCAGCUGCGGGCGGCGGCGGCUUGCCCGGCCCGAGACGGGAGGAGAAGCUCGGCGGCCCCCGCCCGCCGGCCCGCCGGGCGCACACUCGGGCGCACACACUCGCAUCCGCGCACGCACCGCCAGCAGGCAGCGGCCACCGCCGCGAUGCUCGCCCGCGGGUCGGGGAAGUUUCCCGCCGGCCUCGGCCGCGGGCGCCGGUGCUCCCAGGUGUAGCGCCCCCGCGCGGCGCGGGCUGCCGGUGCCUCCAGCAUGACCGGCCAGAGCCUGUGGGACGUGUCGGAGGCCAACGUCGAGGACGGGGAGAUCCGCAUCAACGUGGGCGGCUUCAAGAGGAGGCUGCGCUCGCACACGCUGCUGCGCUUCCCCGAGACGCGCCUGGGCCGCCUGCUGCUCUGCCACUCGCGCGAGGCCAUUCUGGAGCUCUGCGAUGACUACGACGACGUCCAGCGGGAGUUCUACUUUGACCGCAACCCUGAGCUCUUCCCCUACGUGCUGCAUUUCUAUCACACCGGCAAGCUUCACGUCAUGGCUGAGCUGUGCGUAUUCUCCUUCAGCCAGGAGAUCGAGUACUGGGGCAUCAACGAGUUCUUCAUUGACUCCUGCUGCAGCUACAGCUACCAUGGUCGCAAAGUGGAGCCCGAGCAGGAGAAGUGGGACGAGCAGAGUGACCAAGAGAGCACCACGUCUUCCUUCGAUGAGAUCCUUGCCUUCUACAACGACGCCUCCAAGUUCGAUGGGCAGCCCCUCGGCAACUUCCGCAGGCAGCUGUGGCUGGCCUUGGACAACCCUGGCUACUCAGUGCUGAGCAGGGUCUUCAGCAUCCUGUCUAUUCUGGUGGUGAUGGGGUCCAUCAUCACCAUGUGCCUCAAUAGCCUGCCUGACUUCCAAAUCCCUGAUAGCCAGGGCAACCCUGGCGAGGACCCUAGGUUCGAAAUCGUGGAGCACUUUGGCAUCGCCUGGUUCACAUUUGAGCUGGUGGCCAGGUUUGCUGUGGCCCCUGACUUCCUCAAGUUCUUCAAGAAUGCCCUAAACCUUAUUGACCUCAUGUCCAUCGUCCCCUUUUACAUAACUCUAGUGGUGAACCUGGUGGUGGAGAGCACACCUACCUUAGCCAACUUGGGCAGGGUGGCCCAGGUCCUGAGGUUGAUGCGGAUCUUCCGCAUCUUAAAGCUGGCCAGGCACUCCACGGGCCUCCGCUCCCUGGGGGCCACUUUGAAAUACAGCUACAAAGAAGUAGGGCUGCUCUUGCUCUACCUCUCCGUGGGGAUUUCCAUCUUCUCCGUGGUGGCCUACACCAUUGAAAAGGAGGAGAACGAGGGCCUGGCCACCAUCCCCGCGUGCUGGUGGUGGGCUACUGUCAGUAUGACCACAGUGGGGUACGGGGAUGUGGUCCCAGGGACCACGGCAGGGAAGCUGACUGCCUCUGCCUGCAUCUUGGCAGGCAUCCUCGUGGUGGUCCUGCCCAUCACCUUGAUCUUCAAUAAGUUCUCCCACUUUUACCGGCGCCAAAAGCAACUUGAGAGUGCCAUGCGCAGCUGUGACUUUGGAGAUGGAAUGAAGGAGGUCCCUUCAGUCAAUUUAAGGGACUAUUAUGCCCAUAAAGUUAAAUCCCUCAUGGCAAGCCUGACGAACAUGAGCAGGAGCUCACCAAGUGAACUCAGUUUAAAUGAUUCACUACAUUAGCUGGGAGGACUUGUCACCCUCCACCCCACAUUGCUGAGCUGCCUCUUGUGCCUCUGGCACAGCCAGGCACCUUAUGGUUAUGGUGUAAGGAGUAUGCCCAGCCCCUGAGGGGAGAGAUGCAUGGGAUAUGCACCCAGGUUUCUUUUACAGUAUUUAGAAUCGUUUUUAGAGGGUGGUGUGUCUGACACCAUGCCUUUGCACCUUUCCAUGAAAUGACACUCACUGGUCUUUGCAUCGUGGGCAUAAAAUGUUCACCUUUUUGCCAGAUGAGUACACCCAGAAUGCUAAUUUUUCUGUUCAUCGUGUACGCUAUUCUAGUGCUUGUGGCCCAGUACUGUCUAUGAGUUGUUGUGCUCCUGUU